AGCGGUGUUGGGUGAAACGUGCCAGCAGGAGCCAGUUGUUGCUUUCCUGCUUAAACGUACACGCUAAGAAUGGUCACCAAAUUGGCUCAGAAUUCGUAAAUUUUCGAACUUGUGUUGCUUCAUCUUGUUGCGCUUCGCGGUCGGUCUUCCGUGAAUUAUGGAAUGGAUCACUUCAGUAGAUAAAAGACCCUGUGAUCGGAACGUAAAAGACGUAGAACUAAUCUGUGCCAGAUUGCGACGCGUGGACCAACUUUGCCGCUUGCCAAAUUCCGUCCUGCAACAGCUGGCAUUAUGUGGCUAUUACGAAGAUCUGGAAAACGAAGUUACACUUUUUCGUCAAGGAGAUACGGGAAAGUGCUGGUACGCUGUUAUGUCCGGAUCUCUUGAAGUUAGAGUGACUCAACCUGAAACAGACGUUAAGACCACUGUAACGCUAUGCACCCUGGGAGUUGGAGCGACUUUUGGCGAAUCCAUACUUCAGGAUCUGCCAAGAGACACGACGGUCGUUACUCAAACCAAUUGCGAAUUGCUCAGGGUGGAACAGCAGGAUUUUAAGCUUAUUUGGGAGAAAAAUCGGGAACUGAUGAACGAUUUGGUGUCCAACUGCAAACUGAAAAAUGGCUUUGGUUCUGGGAUGUCAGGCAAAGGAAUGAACCACUCAGGUUCAUCAACGCCUAGAAGAUCAUUGUCUCCAGACCAACCAAAUCCGGCAGAACCCAUCACAGAUCAACCCAGCCAGGCGAUUGGUCGGAUUGGAUGGGCUCUUAGGAUCUUACUUCUAUCUCAAAACACCUGCUUGAAGGACAGAAAAGUUUCUGGAAGAUUGGUGCGGAGAUGUGCUCCUGGCACGGAAUUGGUAGAAUGGCUUAUGAAUUUAUCACCUGGUAUUCACUCCAGGCCUCAGGCAGCUGGUAUGUGGCAGGCCUUGCUUGAAGAAGGUGUUAUUUCCCAUGUUAGCAAAGAACAGCCGUUCAAAGACAAAUGCUUUCUCUAUCGAUUCUGGCAAGAUGAAGAGGGAGCGACAGCUUUACCACCUUCUGAAGACAUCGCGACAGCCGAAGACCAGUUAAUGGAAAAUCUGGGGACGUUGGUGAAUCGAGGACCUGAUGCUUACCUGAGAAUGAUCUUGAGAAAACAAGGUCACGAGCGAACUGCAGACGACCUGGAAAUAAUUUACGAAGAGCUUCUCCACAUACGGGCAUUAUCCCACCUGUCAAACUCAGUAAAAAGGGAAAUUGCGAGUGUCAUAGUUUUCGAGGCGCAUCCCAAAGCCGGCACCGUGUUGUUUCACCAAGGAGAUGAAGGUCGCUCGUGGUACAUUAUUGUAAGAGGAUCUGUCGACGUCGUUAUUCAUGGAAAAGGUACCGUAAACACUCUCCAUGAGGGCGACGACUUUGGAAAGCUCGCCUUGAUAAAUGAUGCCCCAAGAGCGGCAACAAUAGUUCUUCGCGAAAACAACUGCCAUUUCCUGCGGGUGGAUAAGGAGAACUUCAAUAGAAUCCUUAGGGAUGUUGAGGCGAACACUGUAAGAUUAAAGGAGCACGGAAAGGAUGUUCUGAUCCUAGAAAAGAUCACUUCCAAUACGAAGCAAGUGUUUUCUUCACAUUUCAAAUAUACUGUGAUGGCGGGAACACCGCAAAAAAUGCUGGAACACUUACUAGAAACUAGAUUAGAUAGUAGAGGAACGAUGGGUGGAGGAGAUAACUUUAUUAUUGCUACUGCUCAAGAUCCAUUCCUGGAUGACUUCCUACUGACCCACAUUGUCUUCCUUCCAACGCAUCAACUCGUCGAAGAACUAGACAAAUAUUAUAAUAUAGACUACUCGAAUCAGGACAAGGAAUUCAUCUUAGCUUGCAAGAGGCGAGUGAUUCAAUUUGUGUACAGAUGGGUAACUACUAUUAGACAUCCCGUCUUCGAAGAUGACAUUGCCGUCGAAUUCCUGGAGGAUUUGGCUCAUGGCCUGGAAAACGAUUCAACGCAAUUUAAUUCGUUGCAAGAGGAAGCCAGCUUAAUGCACCAUGUUAUGUCGCAGUUGAGAAGGUACCAGGAAGAUCGAAAAGCCCACGAAGGACAAAAAUGGAAGUUGCCACCCUUGGGACAACCGAUAAGCCUUUUUAGCACGGGAGACGACACGAACAGAACGAUUAUUAUGCCACAAGAUGACAUUAUUUUUCGUGUUUAUUGUGCUGAUCAUACCUACUGCACUUUGAGGCUUCCGAUCGACAGUACAGCAGAAACCAUCAAGUUGGUGGCCGCAGAUAAGUUGAAAAUUCGGGAAGAUGAACUUCUACUAGUUGAAGUUAAAUCGAAUGGGGAGCGAAUGGUGUUCAGGGAUGACGAUAUCAGCAUACCAACGGCUUUGACCAUCAAUGGAAGGAUUUUUGUGUCACCUAAAGAGCACCUGGAUGCUUUGACGUGCUUGAACGAACAAGAAGAAGCUACACAAGGAAUCGAAGGCGACAUCGAAAUGUUUGGAACAAAGGAACUGGCAUAUUACAUGACACUCUUCGAUUGGGAGCUAUUUUGGUGCGUUCAUGAAUACGAGCUACUUUAUCAUACAUUCGGAAGACAUCACUUCGGACAAAUUACAGCGAAUCUGGAUGUAUUUCUGCGACGUUUCAACGAAAUUCAAUUCUGGGUCGUAACCGAAAUCUGCAUGAUGAGCAGCUUGAGCAAAAGGGUCGCUGUCCUGAGGAAGUUUAUCAAAUUAGCUGCAUAUUGCAGAGAAUUCCAAAAUCUAAAUGCAUUUUGCGCCAUCGUUAUGGGAUUAAGCAACGUGGCCGUAUCCCGUCUAUCUAAUACUUGGGAUAAGCUGCCAUCAAAGUUCCGAAAGCUCUUCACUGAAUUUGAAUCAAUGAUAGACCCAAGUAGAAAUCACCGAGCAUACAGAGUGAGCGUUGGAAAGCUCCAGCCGCCAGUCGUGCCCUUCAUGCCCUUACUGCUGAAAGACAUGACCUUUACACAUGAAGGCAACAAAACCUCCCUGGAUGGACUAGUUAAUUUUGAAAAAAUGCACAUGCUUGCUCAAACUAUGAGGACCAUUAGAUUUUGUAGGAGUAGACAUUUAGUUUUGGACCCACCGUCCCCGAAAAGCGAAGGAGAAGUCAAGUCUUACAUAUCCUGCUUACGAGUAAUCGACAAUCAACGGAUCUUGACGAGUAUGUCGCAAAAACUGGAGCCUAGAAGAUCGUAAGUACCACAUCAGGGAGCAGCAGGUAAAAAUGCUGGUCGUUUUUACCGAAUAUCGCGCUAUAUAAAUACGUAUAGGUUUUACAAAUUAGCGCACUGAUUACUAGGCUUUAAGGAUAGGAACAUUUUCAGAAAACAAUCACCUGGUAUAGUAAAUAUUUUCCACAAUACUAUUUAGCAAUGAAUCAACACAUAAAUCAACAGUUAGGUGAAGAUAUACAACAUUAUAGAAUAGCAACGUAACUGUUUAGGUAUUUGUAAACCAGACUUCCAGAAGCAAGAAUGACAUAAUUUAAAUUAAAAAAUAUAUAAGAAAAUUUAAUAUCCAAGUAACCAUAGCAUUUAAGCGGAAUCGUACAAAAUGACCUAAUAAAUCAUUUUGAUACCAUCAUUGAAAAAAUGUAUGUACAAGUAAAGUAGUACUAGUGAAUCCCAUUACCUUAGGUUAAUUUACUGUGAAUUAUUACUGGCGUCGUUCUAAUGAUUAAGUUUGGAUUUGCAUGUCCAUUCAUCCCUAAAUAUUGGCAUACUCAAAACACACAAACACCUUAAGGUUUUUUUCACUGCCAUAGUGGGCCACAAAGCCAUUAUUUAACCAAAUUUAAAUAUGUACAACGAUUCAACAAUAAAAGCCCUUUAUGUACACAUGCAAAGCUAAGCGUAAACACAUUGAACAUGGACGUCAAAAACGCCGCUCCUCCCAUGUAAAUACUUAUAUUAAGAAAGAAAAUAAUCAAGCGCACAUUAUUUAUAGAGCACCUUAUUUUCAUAUUCUGUAAAUAACUAUUUAUCAAACCUAUACGAUUAGAAUUUAGUGGUGAGCCACUUCCAAGCUUUAAAUAUGUGCAAAUAUUUCACUAAAACAUUUCCUUAUACACAAUGUAAAAUAAACCUUGCAGAUUUUUAUGUAAUACACAUUUGUAAACAAGCAAUUUCCAGACACAAUAAAAGCGCUACUUUCAUAAUAAUGAAUCAUACGACCAGUAAAUACCAAUAAUAAAUGUAUUUUGAAUUUAUCCAGUUAUUUAGAAUAAGAAAAGAUAAAAGCAAUAAACUACCAAAUUUGUAAAAAGUGAAUAUUUACUAUAUACGAUUAUCUUCAUGUGUAAUAGCAGUAAAUUAAAAUGUAUAAGUAUAUAUUAUAGAGCAAUUUGUGUUGUGAUACUGAAAAGUUUCUAAGAUGGGAGAUAAUGAAUGUGAGUCAGCACAUUCCUUAAUCUGCAGAAGAUUAACAAAUAAAACCAUUAAUGAGAAAACAGAUAUGCGAACGAUUGGCUUCUUCAAUCGGUUCAAAUGCUAACACCUAACUAGGUUCAGUGCUUUAUUAACUUUCCCUACACCAUUAGUCAAUAAUUGCUGAUAAAGAAUAGAGCAGAUGGAGGAAUGUGUACUUUUUAAAUCGAAUAUUCCGUUUUUAUGUACAAUACUAAAUUAGAAUAGAAAAUGAAAAUUUUAUAUGAAGAUUUGUUAGGACAAUCAUUCAUAUUAACAUUAGCAAAAUAAGCGAUAGAAUUUCCAAAAACUUCAUACAUUUAAGGAUCUCUAGGUAGAUAACUUUUCGAAUGCCAAAUAGGUAUUUUAUAUGCAUUUCCCAGCGAGAGAUUAAAGUUAUUUUCCACCCCUUACUUCUGAUCUUUGCAAUCCAAAGUGUGAUUAGUUAUUUCCAACUUUCCUUACCUUAUAAGAACAAACAAUCAGUAUUUUCUUAGUACCUUUAUAAUAUAUUUAUGUCAGCUAGUUAGUAUAAGAUGUGGUUCGUGAACAUUACGCGAAUAAUAAAGUAGACUUGGUGUGUA